CUCAUUACUUAGAAGGCCGCACAUAUGUGAAUCUUAGCAGGGCAUAUGAUAGAUUAUGAUGAUUAUCAACAGCAAUACAGUCUAGUCAAUCAGGACUACCCUACAUAUAUAACGAGUGCUCUCCAUUCCCUCAGUAUUACAAUUCCAAACAUCCACAAUCUUCAGGCUGUGCGAAUUCACCAUAGGUUUUACCACAUAUCAGCAAUGUCGAAAAUCUCCAAAGCCGCAUUCGAAGGGUUAGCUAAGAAAAUACGCGAAAACUCCGAAACCUUGAAGAACCUCACUUUUGCCGAUAACCAGACUUCAAAGACUGCCGUGAAGACCAAGGACCUUCGAUUUGAUGUGCACCGAAAUACUAGAGAUCCAACGAUGGCAACCGGAAUAAUCCAGGCGAACAGUCAGGCAGAAGAUAGGACAGUGCAGAAUUUCAUCAAGGGGAAAACUGGCGGACACAAGGGUACACACCAGGUCAUUGGAGAAAAGAUCACUUUUGGUCUUGGGGAGAACUUCAAAGCUGAUGAUGUCGCAUCUGCGGUUGAAAAUACUGAGUAGUGACAAGUCUAAACAAGGCUCUUGUCGGCAUUAGUUACUGCCAAACCUCAUUCUAAUGCCUGCACUAGCUCGAUGACUCUAUCGAUUAGCAUAAACGUGAUGAUAUUCUUGUUUGCCAUCUAAAACUGGCGAAUGAUAUCUACAAACUAUUCUUUCGUCC